GGUGCUGUAAUCAGAGCACUUCUACAAAGACCAGUGACAAGGUAACACAAAGAAAAUUACCUACCGGAACCCCUUGUCUGAGAGUCAAACUGAGGACACAUAGGAACCGCUGGGAAGCCGUGAGUAGUAACAGCUCACAAGAGAGGGAUAGCUGCUGCUGUCAGAAGCAGGAACCAGGAAGUAAAGGAGUUUACAGGUUACAAGAGACCGGAGAGCCCAUUAGGAUUACCUCUAUGAAAGUACAGAAAAUUCAUAUUUGAGAAUGCCAUCUGACAUUUACUCAAAACGACAAUCUGGUCUUUCUUUGGAAAAUAAUUGUCUUUGUGGCAGUAAGGACCUAUCACAGCCUCGAUGGCGACUUGCAAUAACCUUACCUGGCUCUGACUGGUUGAAUAAUACUUUGAGUUCUCCUAUUGAAUCCCACUGGUCUCGUAGCACAUCACUUGGAACUUCCAGCAACAAAACACCACCUAGCCUUGCAAUGUCCUCUUCUUCCCUACUGAAUUCAAAUCUUUCUUUGACCUCUAAUCGUCUUUUGACCUCUGAAUUAUCUGAGACAACUCAACCUGCUUUAAACCGUAAUCUUUCUUGCUUAGUUUCAUCCUCUAGAUUAACUUCCUCAGUACUGACUUCUGAAACCAUGAACCAUUCCCUCAAAACCCAGAAUUUAAACAUUUCUAGUGCUGCUCACGCUACUGAUGUUCCUCUGCUACCUUCACUUAUAGCAACCUCUAAUUCCUCAGCGACAGCUGACCAUCCUUUAAUUCCUGAGUCUGAAAUUAUGGUUCCCUUAAAUGUCACAGCACCCUCUAAUCCUGAUACAUCCACAGCCUCAAGAUUCUUAGAUACAAGCGUUAAAUACAGCAAGUCUGAUGUAACCGUACAUGUAGAUUCCAUAUUAGAGGGUACCAAGGAACUACCAAGAUAUUGUAGGGCAGAAGAACACGUGCCUUCAGAGGACAGCAUUACAUCACAUACUGUAUGUAAUAAGGAGGCAACGAACAGUGGAGUGGUAACUACAUUUCCAAAGGUGAUCUUGCCAACUUACCCACCAUUUGACCAAACCAUAGUAGCUGUAAAGGACCAGCCACAGUCUGAAGAGCAACAAUCUGAUGCACUGAGUAAACAGGAGGCUGUAAUAAAGCUCCACCGAAAGAAGAUGGCUCUGAUAUCUGCUGUUUGCUGUUCUCUGGUCAAUGGACCCAAAUUUUCAGACCCCUCAGACCUGACCCGUUCUGUGCUCAAGAGCUUUUGUGAAGAGAUGGCAGAAUUGGAACCAGAAUUUGUAUUAAAGGUUGCUCUCUACACCCGUCAAGAACUGAACAUUCGGACCACAGCAAACUUUUUGUUGGCACUUUCUGCUCUAUUGCCUGCUUGCCGCCCACACCUACGCAGAUAUUUCUGUGCCAUUGUCCGGUUGCCAACUGACUGGAUGGAAAUACCACGACUCUAUCAGUGUCUGCAAUGUCCUGAUAACGCCUGGGUGGGAGGACUGAACGCCUGGAACGAUUCAUUUCCGAAGAAAAAGAAGAUUGAACUGCACAGCACAAGAAAGAACAAUAGCCUGGCAUCUCAAUAUGAAAAGCUGGCACCACUACCAUCCAGUCUGCGUCGGGCUUUGACCUGCAAGUUUCUAGAGUUCACAGAGUAUCAGCUUGCAAAAUACAACACUAGAAGACAACGUGGGAAAUAUGAUUCUGCAAACCAAAAAAACAAGAAACGCAGAGCUCCCCGUGUUUUGAAAGUGGGUAAGAAUUUGAGAGUUGUUGAAAAAUCACUGAAGUGUCUUCAAGUGAAAUUUGAUUCUCCAGGUACUUCGUCCUCUCACAAGAAGCCAAAAGAUAAAUUCUCUCUGAAAAGUUUAAUCCAGAGGUUGCAUAUCUCCAAACCUGCCAAACAUGUCAUGUGCCUUUUAGGAUGCAGGUAUCCAAAAGACCUGCACUCUUUUUCCCGUAGUGGUCUUGAGGGUCCCUGGCAGUCUGAUCUUUCAGGUCGUAGGAUGAAGCUUAAACAGCCAGAGACAUGGGAGAGAGAGCUGAGCCAGAAAGGGAACACUGGACCUACCUGGGAGGGGCUGCUUGAUAGCCAUCAGGUUCCAUUCAUGGCAUUACUGAGAAAUCUACGGAACUUAAUUAAAGCAGGUGUCAGUGAAAGACAUCACAAGGAGGUGAUGGCACGGCUCUCCAGCCAGAAUGCUGUGAUUAAAAGCCGCCUUUUUCCAUUCCGCUUCCUGUCAGCCUACAAAGUGAUCCAGGAUUUGGAAUCUCAGCGACAAAUGGCAGAGAAGCCAUUACCUUCAAAUGUUAGACUAAUUGAUCGUAUCCUCCGGAGAGAAGGAAGAGGAAUUCGAGAACUACUUGCACGUCGCUGGACUCGUCGUCAGUUAAGGGCCUGUUUAGCAAUUCCAGCUGUACAUUUGCUGUUGAAGAAAGAGAAAGAAGUUCUGAGAAAGGCCAGGGCAGUGCAGCUGGACCAAGAGACACUGCAAAAUUAUAAGGCGGCCCUGGAGAAAGCUGUUGAUAUCUCUGCCCAUCACAAUAUUCCCCCAUUGCCAGGGCGCACAGUUAUCCUGUUGUGUGUUAACUUUGCCAUGUACCAGACAUGCCAUGGUACCAAAGACUUGAGUGUUGCAGAGGAUGAUUCGGAGAAGGGGGGUAAAAAGAAUCCACCAACGCUCUUGGAAGUGAGUCUUCUGCUCAGUCUGAUGGUAAAAGAGACCUCAGAGAGCUGUCAGCUUGUGCUGUAUGAUUUAGACAUCUUUGCACUGGCUGAGGCCACCUCUGGUUCACUGCUUCAGAACGUGACCAAGCUCAAGUCACAGGCCCUGGAGCUAAAUAAAUCCUCAAGAUUACAAUUGCAAAUCAAAAGACCUAUAGAGGAGUAUAUACUGGAGUUGCUGAAGUGCAGAACUAAGGUGGACACACUUCUGAUAUUUACUCCUGUCACACUUUACAAUGAAUUCCAAUCAGCGUUGCAGCUUUACCGAAGAGAGGUGAAUGCAGAAUGUCUGUGUGUUACUGUGCUGCCUUCUGACUAUAGGAAUGAAAUGGUUGUUGACAAUCUUGAAAAGAGUAACGAUGUGACGCUGUUCGGGGUCUCUGAACAGGUGCUACAGUAUAUUUCUGAACGUGGCACAGCUCGCCUGUUGGACCAUGUUGAAAAGGUGAACGAAAGGUUUAAAGUCCCAGAGGAUCCUGAAAAUGUGAAGAGUAAACAUGUGCUUGGUACAGAGGACAUCGUCCCUAUACCAAGACAAAGGUGGCGCAGCAUACGUGUUUUUAUCUCCUCCACUUUUCGUGACAUGCACGCAGAAAGAGAUCUGUUGAUUGGUCAGGUGAUGCCAGAGCUGCGAGCCCGAGCUAGCAUUCAUUUUCUAUCCUUGGAGGAAGUUGAUCUACGAUGGGGAAUAACAGAGGAGGAAGCAAAGAAAGACAGGCAGCUAUCUUUAUGCCUGUCUGAAGUGUCUCGAAGCCAGAUUUUUAUUGGAAUUCUUGGAGAGCGAUAUGGACACAUCCCCAAAACAUACUCCCUUCCACUUCUACCUGAGUACCAGUGGAUUCAGACAUAUCCUUCAGGAAGGUCUAUCACUGAAUUAGAGGCCAUGCAGUUCUUAGAAAAUUGUGAUCUACAAAAUUCAGACCACCCUAAGGCAUUCUUCUAUUUCAGGGAACCUGCAGAGCAUUGUCCUCCUCACUCUGACUUUUCUGUUGAGUCUCCAAACGCUGCAAUGAGAAUGGCAGAUCUGAAGAAGAAUGUGACCCAGCAUCCAGUUACCAGGUGUUACAGGUACUCAUGUCGAUGGGGCAAAGAUCAAGAUGGAAAGCCAUUUGUAACUGCACUGGAGGACUUUGGAGCUAGAGUUUUGGAAGAUAUAUGGGAGGUCAUAGAAAGAGACUAUAUCAGGGACGGACCAGAAAUAUCAGAUGAAGAUGAAGAUCAACUGGCACAGGAGGGCUACCAGGAGUGGCAGGAGCACUUGUCUUGUGCCAGAGAAAAACUGGUCUUGAGCACAAGCGCACAGAUACUGCAGAGCACUCGAAAAUCUCAAACAAAUGGCCGCAUUUUCCUGGUGUGCGGUGAGCCCAGCCAGGGGAAGACUGUUUUCAUGGCGGAUCUAAUAAGAAAACUAAGAUUUACAACCUCCUUCUCAACUGUUAUUUUUCACUUUACGGGAGUCACCCCUGAGUCUAAAGAAGCAGAAAAUAUGCUAACGCGGAUUUGCAAACAAAUGAACCAGCAUCUACAGAGAAAGAACACUAAUUUCACCUCAUACAGGGCUCUUUUGGACGAAUUCCACUCUCUGCUCCUGUUAGCUUCUCAAUCUUUAAGACACAGUGGCACUCUAACUCUGCUGGUGGAUGGGGCCGAUCUACUUUGUGGCCAUUCAGGAGAGAUCACAUCUGAUUGGAUUCCUGAGCAUCUCCCUCAGCGAGUAAACCUGGUUCUGAGCGUAACUGAAGAUUCCUCUCUUUGCCGCUCCCUGCGCAGAAGGAAGGAUACAUCAAUCAUUUCUCUUACUGGGCUUGAACCUUUGGACCGGACAGAACUGGUGAGACAAAGGUUGGCCGUAUAUGGGAAGAAGCUAGAAGAGUCUGCUUUCAAUAACCAGAUGCGAAUGUUGCUUAUUAAGAAGGGCUCCAAGCACCCACUGUAUCUUUCUCUGGUUUGUGAAGAGCUCCGUGCCAACACAAUCUACGAAAAGCUUUCUGAUGAUAUACAGAAGUUGCCGGCCACCCUCUCUGCUCUAAUUCAGCACAGGCUUGAGUGCUUGGAACAAGAACAUGGAGUGUCUAUGGUGACUUUUGCAAUGGUCUCCAUGUGUGUUUCAAGGAAAGGACUUCGGGAAAGAGACAUGCUGAGGAUCCUGAGCAUACUGCAACAUGUGAAGAGCAUAUACAGCACACCCUGGGACCAGCUGUUGGCUUUAGCCUCUUCUGCCAAGAAUAUUCCCAUGACUAACUUCACUCUGCUCCUCAGGGGACUGAGAAGUGUGCUCGGUCUCUGGACUCCCACUUUGAUGUCUGACCCCAGACUACAUCUAUCAAAUGGUCUUUUACUGGAUGCUGUGAAGAAGAGAUAUUUUGGGAAGCCAGAGGUUCCUCAAGCAGCACAUCUUCUUCUUGCUGCUCACUUUUGGUCUCUCUCAUGCCCGGAAGACCCUGCAUCUGUUAUAUAUGCCGAGGGUCUGAGUGAGGUGUCCUAUCAUCUGCUUUGUAGUAAUCAGUUAAACAGGCUGGACGUGCUGCUCACAAAUCUCAAGUUCCUGCAAGCACAUGCUACCCUAGGCCUGUUGCCACAGCUGUGCCAACUUUACAGCAGGCACUGUGGAGGAACGGCGAUCAAGUGUAGCGGCUUAAAAGGUGCAGUUAUGUCUGAGAAGAACAGCACUUCUCCCACUUUGGUCUGUGAUCAGGGGUCUUCUGUAGGAUUAUUCAGAGAAUUCAUUUAUCGCUCCUUGCCCAUCCUUACAAAGAACCCUUCACUGUUUUAUCAACAAGCCUUAAAUGAGCCUGAUAGUUCUGCAGUUUGUAUCCAGGCGAGAUCCCUUGCCAGUGAAAUGAAGGGUGCUGAAGAACAGCAAACAAUAGUGUGGAACAAUAAACCCAGGUUCCUUAAUGUCAGUGCUAGUAAGUCUCUGGAAUUCCCAUUUACCCCAAGCUGUGUUAGUUUAUGCCCUGGAGAACAUCAUGCUGCUGUGGGUACCAGUAAUGGUUCCGUGCACCUGCUUGACACAGACAGUGGAGGAGAAGUGAGAACACUGUACAGUGGCUGUGAUGGGGUCUCUGCCUGCACUUUUAUCACUGAUGAUUUGCUUUGCAUUGCUUCUUAUGAUGGAACUGUGGAAAUCUGGAACAUCCCUGAUGGCUGCCGACUACACCAUGUUGUGGCUCACCAGCGGCAGAUCACUGGAUGCUAUGUUAGCAAUGAUCGCAAACAGCUUGUCACCUGUUCUCUAGAUUCGCAGCUGAAGCUCUGGGACACCAGCCGUGUUUCUCUCUUGGGUUCAAAUGCUUUCCGAAGCCCUAUUAACUGUGCUGCUUUUCAUCCAAGAAAUCAUGUGAUUGCUGUUGGAUGUUGGGAUGGGAACAUAACUGUGGUCAGAAUGGACAACUGGAAGAGAAGUGCUGUUCUCUGUGGUAGCUCCUCAGUGAGAACAUUGUCUUUUGUCCCAGAGGGCAAUGUAAUAGUAUCAGGAAGUCUUGAUGGAUGGGUUUCAUUGUGGGCAUGGGAGGAAAAAGUUCAGGUUUCUCGCUUUAGAGCUCACAGCGGUUCCACUCUAACAACCAACUUUCUGCAAAAUGGAGAACUCCUGUUAACUGCAGGAGAGGAUGGCAAGGUGCAGGUUUGGUCUGGCGGUCUUGGAAGGCUACGCAGCCAAGUAUCUGCAGGGUGCAUGCGCUCCCCUGCACUAUCUAUUGCAAUUUCUCCAAAUAAACAGUUAUUGGCUGUUGGGUAUCAUUCAGAUCCUGUCUCCAUCUACAGUGUGGCUACUGGAGAACUUGUAUCUCAGUGCAACUUUAAAGACAUAUCUGUGAGAAGCAUUUUGUGGCUCUCUGAUAAGACAUUUGCUACUGGAAGCUCCAAUAACUUGGUGCAAAUUUGGGAUGUUAAACCACGUCGGCCUCACUGCCGUCUGUCUCUUUGUGCACACAAACGUUCUAUACAAGCCCUGGCAGUCUCAUCCAAGCUUUUAGCUUCAGCCUCUGAGGAUGUCUCAAUCUCACUCUGGUCAGUGGACAAGCUGCUCAAAGCUACUUCUCCCCCCUCCCCAGUCUUUAUUCUCCAAGGUCACACAGCUGCAGUCACUUGCUGUGCCUUUAGCAAUGAUGGCAAACUGCUUGCUACAGGGGGUCAUGACCGGUCAUUGCUGUGUUGGGAUGUCUCCUUGGAUCCACCAACUCUUGCACACACAUUCUUGUCUUGUCACAAGGAUUGGGUAAAUGGCUGUGCAUGGACUGACACCUCUCUACUGGUCUCAUGCUCUGGAGAUGGCUCUGUAUACCUAUGGGACAUUCAACGUGAGGAACGUAUUUUGGAGUUUGCAGGACAUAAGAGUGCUGUUAGCAGUGUUCUCUGCAUGAGAGAAUAUUUACUGUCAAGCAGCUUGGAUGGUUGUCUGAAGGUGUGGAAUCUCAAAGGAGUAGAGAUGGCCAGCAUCACAGCUCACUGUGAUCAAAUACAUGCAAGCACUGCAUAUUGGGAGUCUGAGAAUAUUUGUGAUGAUUCUAAUCUGGUUGCUUACACAGCCAGUUCUGAUGGGUCUGUUUUAAAGUGGAGCCCAUUCCAGGUGGACCAGAUAGAAACAUUAUGUGGUCAUGGAGGGGAAGUAACUUCUACUGCAGUUGGUGCCAGGUCCCGGACCAUUGUCACAGUUGCACAGGAUGGCUCAGUGCGAUUUUGGAGUGGGUCAUUUAGAGAUGGACUUACUGCAGGGAAACGUCACUCUGGUGCAGUAUCAGCAAUUGCAUGGUCUCCAGAUGGAGAGCUAGUGGUGUCUGGUGGAGAGACCGGGGAUAUCAUUGUGUGGAAGCAGCAGGAAGCAGUGCUGACUCUGCAGUGCAGCAACUUUUGUGUUUCUUCACUUUACUUCACUUCCAAACUAUCUGUUUGUGCAAUCACCAAUGAUAGGAAAAUAUACCAGUGGAUCUUGCAUCCAUGUAAAGAUGGGGGCCUCAGAGCAGAGACAUCUUACACUGUUGAAGUUGAUUCUCUGGUGAUUAAUGCAAUUCUAAGCCCUUCACAAAGUGAGUUGCAGUUAUACACAGUGUCUGGGGACAAUUUUGUUUUAGAUACAAAUAAAGGGUCGUUUAAGUUAGGAGUAGAACCUCCAUCUAUCAAGCUUGGCCCCCAGCUCCCUAAGAAACUUCUCGAUUCUGACACUUUCAUAACUGUUACUCAGCCUGACUUUGGUGUUGCAGACUCUGCUGGGUGUCUGUGGCUUCUGACUUUAAACAAAAAAGGAACUAAACACAAAACAACCAUCAAUUGGGAGCAGAAAAAGGUGCACUCUGCUUCAAUCUCUUCUCUGCAAGUAACUGACAAAAAUGUUGUCACAGCUUCUGCUGAUCGAACUGUGAAAAUUUGGUCACGCGCGCCCUUCCGACAGGUUGGCCUCUUCCACUGCGCAGGAGCCGUAACAUUCUUAUCUGUGACUUCUAAAACACAAAGUGACACCUCUGAGGAGCUGCUUCAUAUUGCCUGUGGUGAUCAGUAUGGGAAUGUGUAUCUGUUGUCAUGCCUCUAAACAUAUUGUGUUUUGUAAGAGUCUUAACAUUUAGAAUAUUUUUAGAUGACCAUGGAAAUAAAGGUUUUUACGUGUUGUUCGAAGAAGCACCUUCAGCAUAA